AUGCACUUUGAAGGAUCCAGCAAUGUCACGCUGUUGUUUGAUUUCUGGGAUGUGCGUGGGCCUGCAGGGAUGGUGCUGUCGGUCUUUGUAGUUCUACUGCUCACGAUAAUGUACGAGCUUCUGAAAGUGUGGAAGAUCACUGUCGGACAACAGAAGCCCUCUUCCGUUACACAUCCAUCCACACCAGUGUCAUUCUCUCCCGAACAGUCGUGUUUCGCCCCUGUCAUGAAGUGUCCAGAGGGAAGCUCUGCUCUGGCCAGCGGCCCCUCUGAAACCUCAUUAUCUCCCACCGAGUCUAUCAGCACUGCUGACACCAACACGAAGAAGGGCUGGCUUCUGCACUGCCUCCAGACCGCCAUACACAUCCUGCAGGUGACACUAGGCUACAUGCUAAUGCUCUGCGUCAUGUCCUACAACGUGUGGAUCUUCCUGGGGGUCAUCAUGGGAUCUGUCUUGGGCUACUUUCUGGCUUUUCCUCUUCUGAAUCACAUUUGAGAAGAGAUGAAGGAAUGGAAAACAUGAUCUGUUCAUCUUAAUUCACUGAGGACUCUAGACGAAGAGCAACGGGAAACCUGUUCGAUUUUAUAAUGCCAGGUUUGUGUGCUCAUGAUGAACGCCGCGCACUUUCAACGAGAAGACGUGCAGUGCAGGAGGUGUUGAGAUGUUUAGAUUAAACAAGGAUGAUUCUCAAUUUUUAAGUUUGGAUUUUAAAAAUGCAUGAAAUCUUAUUUAACUUCAGUCUGGCGGAAAAAAAACAUUGUUAGAGGUUUCAUUUUAAACAAAUAAUAGCUUGCGUUAAGGACGGUGUUAAACACAUUUUUACAUGUGACCCGUUUGAGAACGGUGAUGUGCCUCUGACCGGUUUUAAAAUUAUACAAUUACUGAUGUAAUUAAUAAGCAAAUUUUCUGUUACACAAAUAAAUUUUUUUUUUAAUUGUGCUCUGUGAGAUUUGCUUCAGUGUGGCUGUUGGUUUUCUGUUAUGAAAUCACACUAGUUUUAGACCAUGUGAUGUGUAAAACAAACUUCCUACAUGAGCCAAGAUCAGGCGUUCUUGUGUCAUGCUGGAAAUGAUUGCUGAAUGGGGAACUAAACCAUUGGUUGAAAAGAGUAAUGCAAAUCAUGUGGCCUUAGUUAAUGUUCACCAGCAAUACAGGACGGACACUGAAACUGAUUGACAGACUGAGAGCAGAAAUUGGAGACCUAACAAUCCUCACCGCAAUAUUUCAACACACUAUUAAGAAUAUUCAUACAGACGUUCUUUUUUUUCUCCCAUUUUUUAGUAUUUUUAAAAUGAAAUUUUUGUUUUACUGGACAAUGUAUUAAAGUGUUUAAGUCUA